AUGGACUUUCAGACUCCUGAACCUCCCACCGAAUUGGGCCGGUACCGCAUCCUCUCCUCAAACUGCGGUCUCCGUGUCUCACCGCUCCAGCUGGGCGCCAUGUCGAUUGGAGAGGCCUGGUCCUCCUUCAUGGGGACGCAUGAACAAGGAGCAGCCGGAGGCAACUUUAUCGACACCGCAAACGCAUACCAGAACGAGCAAUCGGAAGCAUGGAUUGGAGAAUGGAUGUCUGCUCGGAAAAACUACUGGAUUGAUAUCCUCUAUCUGCACUGGUGGGAUCACACCACAUCCAUUGAGGAGAUUAUGAACAGCUUGCAUAUCCUCGUCGAGCAGGGGAAAGUCCUGUACCUGGGAAUCUCGGACACGCCUGCGUGGAUUGUUGCCGCAGCCAAUGCAUACGCGGCCGCUGUUGGCAAGACACCCUUUUGCAUCUAUCAAGGCCGCUGGAAUGUCAUGCUGCGUGACUUUGAGAGAGAGAUUCUGCCCAUGGCUCGCCAUUUCGGCAUGGCUCUGGCGCCAUGGAAUAUCCUCGGCAGUGGAAAAUUCCAGACCAGGGAGCAAGUGGAGGAGCGAAAGAAGAAAGAUACUACGGACAACCAGACCGAGGCUGAGAUCAGAAUGAGUGAAGCGCUUGCCAAUGUUGCAGCAGAGCACGGGAUCAAGUCCGUGACCGCGGUGGCCCUGGCAUACAUUCUAUGCAAGGCACCCAACGUCUUUCCGAUUGUCGGUGGAAGGAAAGUCGAGCAUCUUCACGAUAACAUCCAGGCUCUCAAGAUCAAAUUGACUGAAGAACAGAUCAAGUAUCUGGAAAGCGUCAACCAUUUUGAUCCUGGCUUUCCUAGUAAUUUUCUCGGGGAGGAUCCCAGAGUGUCUGGAAAGGCCGGCAGACUUUUGGCCACUUCAGCCCCUCUAGCAUUUGUGCGGGCUCCAACGGCGAUCGGAUAUGAGUACCUCCGAAUUGGGACCGUAGCAGCCCCUAGACUCUAUUGA